AAAAAUUAAGGAGACAGAUUUGGAAGAUUGAAUUGAGUUCGGGUCAAAACCCGACCCAUUAUCAAAUCUAUUCGAGUACCUAAAACCCACUGAGUAAAGCGUAGAGACUUACAUCAAACGGUUUUGUCUGACCAUUUUCGAAGCGCAGUUCUUAUAGUAGCAGCAGAGUUCGAUCCUUCUGUACCUCUUUUAUCAGUCAGAUUGGAGAGAGAGAGAGGGGAUAAGGUAUAUUGGCAUGGCAUUUCGUGGAGGUGCAAAGCGCUCUCUAGGCUCAUUCCUGUGUAACAGGGUGCUUAACACUAGUUAUAGUUCUUCAAGUACUUGUACUGCUUCUGCUGCUGCCAAUGGACGUGGUUUUUCAUCCUGGGUUUCAAGCAGAAGAUCUUCAUUUGCUCAAGCCACAGAGAUCCCAACCUCAAUUUCUCUCAAAUUUGCCAAUACCCAAUGUGGGUAUGCUCUUUUUCUAAGAAGGUUCAGCGUGGGAACUUCUUCUUCUUCUUCUUCUGACCAAAUGAGCCUUAUAAAACAACUGAGGGAGAGAACCAGCGCUCCAAUCAAAGACGUCAAGGCUGCUCUCAUUGAUAGCAAUUGGGACAUUGAGGCUGCACAGAAGGAAUUGAGGAGAAGAGGGAAGGUUUUGGCGUCGAAAAAGUCAUCUCGAAUGGCUGCUGAGGGUUUGCUGGCACUGGCCCAGAACGAGAGCAAGGCUGCUGUCAUUGAACUUAACUGCGAGACCGACUUUGUUGCUCGAAAUGAUAUCUUUCAGCACUUGGCCUUAGCUUUGGCAAAGCAAGCUUUGCUAGUUGAAAGCUCUUCUCAACUCGUUUCUGGGGUCUUCCACGUCCCCUCUGAGGAUUUGGAGGACUUGAAGUUAAAUCUUGAACAUCCAAAAGUUAGUGGAGAAACAACUGUUCAGAAUGCAAUUACAGAAGUAGCUGCAGUGAUGGGGGAAAAUGUUAAACUUAGAAGGGGUAUUGUGAUGUCUACAACUUCACACGGUGUUGUUUCUACCUACCUCCAUACAAGUCCCCAACCAGGUUUAGGUCGUAUUGCUGGAAUUUUAUCUCUUUCAGUAGAGGACAAAAAUUCUCAAUUAGAUGCUAUCCAGCGCGUUGGUUCGCAAUUGGCAAUGCAUGUAGUGGCAGCGAAGCCCUUGUUCUUAACAAAGGAACUUGUUUCUUCUGAUGCAUUAGAGAGUGAACGUGAAAUUCUUAAGUCUCAGGCUGAAAGUACGGGUAAGUCUCAGAUGGCCAUAGAUAAAAUUGUAGAAGGUCGCUUGCGUAAAUACUAUGAGGAAGUUGUUCUUAUGGAGCAGAAAUUUAUUAUGGAUGACACCCUAACUGUAAAGAAACUAUUAGAGAAUCUAUCUACGGAAGUGGGAUCACCUGUGAAGAUUGAGAGCUUUUUCAGGAUGGAAAUGGGAGAAGGAAUUCAAAGGCUGGAAGCAUCCAGUGCAUCAGAAAAUUUGGCUCAGGCUAUUUGAGGAAAUGCUGCCCUUUCAGCCACAGAAAAGUAGAGUUUAGUUCCAAACAGCUCCAGAGAUGAAUCGGGGUUGUGCCUGUUGAUUUUUGCAGAUUCUGAUGCUCUGAGAUCAUACAAACAGCAUGCGUUCUUUGCACUCACUAGAGGUAGUUAUAGUAAUGUCGAAAUGAGGUAUUUUUGUUGCCUGAUGUUUGCAGGUUCUGAUGUAAUGAGAUUUUGAAAUGCCAUUUAUGAAUUUUGUGACAGAUGUGAGAUUCUUUACUUUCUGCCAACAAACACAAAACAAAGUAAUAAAGUUCAUGCUGUCUCUGCCAUACAUUUACCUAUUCA